UACAGAACAUGCACCAUUACUGGCGCAAAAAUGGAGGACAACAUUAAAGACCUCAGUCGACCUCAGAUGUAUUUAUUUGGUUGCUCUCUGAAAGCAGAGAAGAAAGAGCACAAAGUUGAGGUGGAUGAUGAUGAUGAGGCUGAACAUCAGCUGUCACUCAAAGCGGUGUGUUUGGGUGCAGAGGCGGAGGACAAAUUUCACACGGUAGAGAUGGAGGGAUUGACUUACGAUGGGAAAUCAACCAAAAUCACCCUUGCUGUAUUGAAACCAUCUGUUCUGCCUUCUCUUAGUCUGGGAGGGUUCGAGGUCACGCCUCCUGUGUCUUUUCGCCUGCAGUCAGGAGGGGGGCCGGUCCACAUUAGCGGUCAGCAUUUCGUCAGUGUGAAGGAAUCAGAUGAUGAGGAUGAGGAAGAGGAGAAUAACACCUCACCGGUAAAGAGACCAUCCAACAUUGCCCUCACAAAAGUGCCUCAGAAAAAGCUUAAAAUGGACUCUGAUGAAGAAGACAGUGACGAGGAUGACGAAGAUGAGGAUGAUGAAGAUGAAGAGGAUGAGGAGGAAGAAAAGAGAGUUGAAAAGAGUCCCGGAAAAGCCCCUCAGAAAGCCCCAGAGAAGAAGAAGAGUGCAGAUAAACAAAACGGCUCUCCGGACAAGAAAGCAGGAACAGCAGGGAAGCCUCAAUCCCAGGCACCACAGAAAGUUAAAGACAAGUCGGCAGCAGGGCCUUCUGGGAAGGCUCCCAGUGCUCCCAGCCUGAGUGAGGUCAAAAACAAACUGUCAUCAGCAGUUAAAGAGGGGAAGUCACUUCCAAAAACUGAACAGAAGUUUGAGAACUACGCUAAAAGCUCUUUCAGGAUCUCCGAUAAACAAGUGAUCAAAGACCUUUGGAACUUUUUACAAUCACUGAAAAAGUAAUGGCUGCUCUGCGCUCCCCGUCCCGUCCCGGUGCAGCAGAAGUCUGGGGUGAGCCAGUUAUUGCACUUAAACUGCGAUCUGGCCUCUUCCCCUCCCAAUGCGAUCUGCCUGCUCUUCUCUGCUCUCUUCUCUCAUUAUAGAGACGGAUGGAGCAGAACGGGCCUCAGCAAUCGCAGAGAUACCACGGUUAAUGUUUUAUCUGUUUUGUUUUUUAUUUUAAAAAAAUGAAAGCUGAUGAUUUGUUUUCUUUGUUAAAAAGGCUCUCUUCAAAGAACAUUAUUGAAAUGUUUCAGUAAGGCUGAUAUCAUUUAAAAAGCCACUUAAAGGAAUAUUCUGGGUUCAAUACAAGUGAACCUCAUUUUAAAGAAUUUCUGUGGCAAAAAUAUCGAUUUCCGUCUCUUAAAAAUACAAAAAUAGCAAAAAUCAGGGUUUCAGUGCGGCAAAUACAAUCGAAGGGGUCUUUAAAAUAUUUGCUGUUUCAAAAGUAUAGCCACAAGACGUAAAUCAUAUGCUUGUUAACAUGAUUUUAGUGUGAUAAAAUCACUUGUUAACCAUUUCUGUGUACAUUUAUAGCCAAUACAUGGAUUCAUAGUCAUGGCAAUGAAGUUCUAAUAUUGGAUAUAACUUUGAACAGAUAAGGUUAGUAAGCAAUUGUAUCACACUAAUAUCAUGUUACUUUUGAAACAGUGAGUAUUUUAGGGUUUAUAUUCUGAGUCCAUCCACUUCCAUUGUAAAGGUUUCUCACUGUAACUGAUUUUUUCUUUUUUUUUAAAUAUAGAACAAACGAAUCAAAAUGAUUUUAUGUUGUAAUAAACAUUGUGUUAUAAAUGCUGUCAAUUGAGCUUAACUUGCAUUUAACCUGGAAUAUUCUGUUAAGGGUCUCACAAAAUCAUGUUCAGGUCAUAUUUCAACUCAAAAGAAAGAAAUAAUCCUAAUAAUAAAUAACAAUGAAGUAAUAAUGAAGCUUAUUUUAGAAACUUUACGAUUUGUUGCAUUGUGUCAUUACUUCUCUUUACUUGUUGCAAUAAGUGUAUCACAAUUUACAUUAUCUUAAUGAUUGUUUAUUAUUAUAAUUGUGUUGCUUUUGAUCUGUGACCCAGACCUGUUUUUGUGAAAUUAACCUUUAAAAAUAAAAAAUUAUCAUUUGAGAAAAGGCCACUGAACUGACAUUGAUUGAUGCUGGUUUUGUGAGGCUCCUUUUAAAAAAAAAAAAAAGAAUUAAAAUGCAAGCAUGAAAGUAUCUGGAGGAAAACAGCUCUUUUGCUAUGCCAGCCAUAUACCAACUUAUGGUUUCUUGAUACCACUAUGUAAUAAAAAAACAAGUUAAUUCUAACUUUAUAU